AUUCCGUCCAUGAUAACGCUUUCUGUUCAGAAAUGUGCAUCAGAGACCCUCCCAGCAGACCAUGAAAGUGAUCGGAAGAGGGUAACUCAAACACAGCUAGUAAAAAUUGUAACUGGCAUUGAAGCGGAUGAACCAGACACAGGUGGUUUGCAGGAGAUUCCUCAUACUGUCCUUUACCUCAGCCUUGUUGGUGUAACAGAAGACUCUCCAGAUGGUGCUGAUAUCAGAUACCAGUUUCCAAAUUGGACCAACAAACUGGUGAAAGUGCGAGGGAUGUUCAUCACUACUGCACAUACUGUUCAGGAAGUUGUUGGUACACCAGCUUUAAGUUCAACUGUAUUGUUGGAUGGAGAGUACUAUCAUGUAGCAUACGUACGGGAACAAAAUGAUGUUUUUCUUCUUGCCUUGCCACAUUCCUAUGUAUCAAGCCAUGAGAUCAUUGCUUUAAUGGACCAACUUGCUGGAUUAAUCAAGUUCGAAUUUGAAACGCUUUCCAAAGGUGUAGGGGAGUCCAACAACAAGCCGUACUUGGAUCACUUGAUGAGCCAUGUGCUUGGGACAGUGUUAGCGCAAGGCUUCGUGGAAGGCAGGAGGAUUCACCAACAGGAGAAAGGGUUUUGUGGUUUGCAGAAAAAUCCAUAUCUACCUCAAAUUCCAUCCAGCGUUACUAGCUGCGUAUUUUCGUACCCUACGUGGUUGAUGUUGCAGGAUGAUGGUGAAGCCAAGGCUAAUAAUUACUACUUAGCUAUAGCAGAUGAAGCAACAGUAAAAAAAAUAAUUCAUCCUGACACCAAACUUGCUCUUCAUAAUAAUAAGUUUGAAGUUCUUGACCCCCCUCAUCUGAAUGCUUCAAGUACAUUGGUCGUAACCCAGGCUGACAGUUAG